AGAUGCUCCGCCUUGCCACCCCACUGAGAUCAGGCCUCCUCUCCUCAGCAAUCAGGCGUCACUCGGCAUGUUGUGGUGGAGAGCACAAAAUGUCAGAAGCCGAGCUGAAAAUGAGCAAGUUGCUCACUGAGGGAAUUGAUGGAUGUACUCGUGUCGAGGUUCACGAUGUUUCUAAUGGCUGCGGAUCAAUGUUCGACGUGGUCGUUGAAGCCGCCGGUUUCAAGGGAAAAUCGAAAGUUGCUCAACACAAACAGGUCACCUCCAUUCUCCGGGAGCAGAUUAAGGAUAUGCAUGGGCUCACGAUCAAGACAAAAGCCGCCUAGAUACUAAUUAUCGAUUUUUUUUGUCUAGUUAUUGAUUAGUUCAAAGGACAUAAUAUCGUAAAGAAUAUUUUAAAUUCGAA